CCUAUGUCAUCAACUCAAGACGCUUUGUUGUUCUUUCGGGGGGAGAAAACGGAUGAAAAAUAUAGCCAGAAAAGCCGAACUAGGCUAGGAUAAUUCUUUUUUUGGUUCAAUAUAGACAAAAUCUAACCCUGUGUGGAGUCAAGCCGAUGUCGUCUGCUGAAAAGUGCAGUAUUUGUAGGACCAAAUCAACUCAGCGGUGAGCUAGCAUUAGCCUAUCCAGGAGGGUGUCCAGACAGGAGCGGAAGGAGUUCCAGGCUACUGGGAAGAAGGGAAGAAAUCUCUGCUGGGAUGCCUCUCGCAAGUUGGGAGAAAACUGUAUUUUACAGUCCCGACUUGAAUCACGGCAUAUUACAACUAAAGUAUGCAUUCAUAUGACUUAUAUCAAACUAAAGGAAAAACCUUAAGUGCUAUUUUGUUACUGUUAACGUGAGAGUUUAGCGAGUUAGCCACGUAGCUACGUAGCCUUCAGUAGGAAGUCUUUUAAAAUGGCGGAAGGUUGGCCCACUCCUUCGGCCCUUGUCUUCAUGCUGCUGAGUUUAAGUGCCUGGGCUGUUGGGUCUUGUCCUUCUCCAUGCGCCUGCUACAAAGGACAGGAUGAAGUCCAUGUUCUGGACUGCAAUAGGAAAAGGCUGUCAACGCCCCCCAUGGACCCACCUGAUGGGAUAACACAGGUCACCAUGAACCACAAUGAGCUGACUGUUGUUCCCUUUCUUGGAGACAUUUCCCAAAAUAUCACCUCGCUGUCAUUAGUGCACAAUCGAAUCUCGGAGCUGUCCAUGCAUCAUCUGCUGCCGUACGUUUCCUUGGAGACACUGGACCUGACAUCCAACUCUAUAUCGGAGCUCAAAGUUGGAUCCUUCCCCUUUAUGCAGCUAAAAUACUUGAAUUUAAGUAAUAACAAGAUCAGUGUCCUUGAGCCUGGUUGCUUUGAGAACAUCUCCAGCUCCCUGCUGGUGCUGAAGCUCAACAGGAACAGAUUAGUGAUGCUGCCGUCCAAAGUCUUCAAACUUCCACAGCUUCAGUUUCUUGAAAUGAAGCGGAACAAGAUCAAGAUCGUUGACAGCCUGACAUUCAAAGGGAUGGAUUAUCUGAAAUCGCUGAAGAUGCAGAGGAACGGAAUCACCAAGCUCAUGGACGGAGCCUUUUUCGGACUCAACAACAUCGAAGAACUAGAACUGGAGCACAACAACUUAACCGAGGUCGCUAAAGGUUGGCUGUAUGGCCUGCGCAUGCUGCGAGUGCUGCGGGUCAGCCAGAAUGCUGUCGGCAUCAUCCGACCCGACGCCUGGGAGUUUUGCCAGAAGCUUGAAGAAUUAGACUUGUCCUUCAAUCAUCUUACCAGACUAGAGGAAACAGCGUUUAUUGGAUUAGGUCUCCUUGAGAACCUGAACCUGGGAGAAAAUGCCAUCAGCCAUUUGGGAGAGGGAGUGUUCGGUGGCCUGGCGAACGUUCGCACACUAGAUAUACGUAAUAAUGAAAUCUCCUGGGCCAUUGAGGACUCCAUCGGUCUGUUUGAUGGGAUGAAGAAGCUGAACACACUAAUCCUCCAGAGAAACAAAAUCAAAUCGAUCACUAAGAAAGCGUUUGAGGGGCUUGACGAGCUGGAGCACCUGGAUCUCAGCAAUAACGGCAUAAUGUCGAUCCACCCCGAGGCGUUGUCCCACAUGAAACUCAAAGUGUUCGUGCUGAACACGAGCAGCCUGCUGUGUGACUGCCACAUGCAGUGGCUGGGGCCUUGGCUCACUGACAGCCCAUUCCUGCAGUCUGUCUCCGCUAUCUGUGCUCAUCCUGCCAGCCUCCUCGAUCGCAGCGUCCUGUCCAUCAGCCCGGAAGAGUUUGUUUGUGAUGAUUUCCCCAAACCCCACAUCACGACUCACCCGGAGACGUCCGUGGCGCUGCGAGGGAACAACGUGACUCUGAGCUGCAUCGCGUCCAGCAGCAGCGAUUCUCCGAUGACCACGGCUUGGCGGAAAGACGGGGAGGUUCUGUACGACGCAGAAGUACAAAACUACGCCCAGUACCAGGAGGGCGAGCUGAUCUAUACCACUGUGCUCCACCUCCUCAACGUCAACUUCACUGACGAAGGGCGGUACCAGUGCGUGGUCUCUAAUCACUUCGGCUCCAACUAUUCCAACAGAGCCAGGCUGACGGUCAACGAGCUGCCCUCCUUUCUAAAGACUCCCAUGGACUUGACAAUCCGGGCUGGGACGAUGGCCAGGCUGGAGUGUGCUGCUGAGGGUCAUCCAUCACCCCAGAUUGCCUGGCAGAAAGAUGGAGGCACUGACUUCCCCGCUGCCCGAGAGCGCAGGAUGCACGUAAUGCCAGACGACGACAUCUUCUUCAUCGCCAACGUGAAGACAGAAGACAUGGGAGUGUACAGCUGCACAGCUCAGAACACAGCUGGCAGCCUGUCUGCGAACGCUACUCUCACCGUCCUGGAAACUCCAUCCUUCAUGAGGCCGCUGGAGGACCGAACAGUGGCCCGGGGUGAGACUGCCGUGCUUCAGUGUAUAGCCGGAGGCAGUCCAGCUCCUCGUCUCAACUGGACCAAAGAUGAUGGGCCUCUGGUGCUCACCGAACGCCACUUCUUCGCUGCAGCCAACCAGCUCCUCAUCAUAGUCGACGCUGGUCCAGCUGAUGCCGGGAAAUACACCUGCAUCAUGUCGAACACUCUGGGAACCGAGCGCGGUCACAUCUACCUGAGCGUGUCCCCGCCCUGUGACACCAGCACGGGACUUGACCAGGACGGCUGGGCCCCCGUGGGCAUCGUGGUGAUCGUGGUGGUGUGUUGUGUGGUGGGAACCUCGCUGGUCUGGGUCAUUGUCAUAUAUCACAUGCGCAGGAAGAGUGAGGACUACAGUAUCAGCAACACAGAUGAGAUGAAUCUGCCCGCAGACAUCCCCAGCUACCUCUCGUCUCAGGGAACUCUGUCGGAGCCUCAGGAAGGCUACAGCAAUUCUGAGGCCGGCAGCCACCAGCAGCUCAUGCCUCCUCUCUCCAACGGAUAUGUGCACAAAGGAACAGAUGGUGUGUGCUACGGAGACACAGGCAGCGAGGUGGAAACCGAGGGAAACGGCCCGCUGCACUGCCGGGUCGGCUCUCUGUUCACCGGACGAAGCAGCUUCCACCCCGGAGACAACCGAGACGGACUACACACAGGUGGAGCAGGACCGCUGGUCAUCUGCUCCGACUGCUACGACAACGCCAACAUCUACUCUCGCACGCGUGAAUACUGCCCCUACGCCUACCUGGGGGAGGACGACCCGCUGGACAAGACUGUGAAGGAGAGCUUCGGCGGGCACACUCAGCACCAGGACACGACCCUCGAGAGCCUCAUUAGCAACCAGGACUCCUCCGUCUUCCUCACCUCUCACGAAAAAAGGCUGAGCAGCCACACUCCCCCGGAGCACUACGCUAAUGAUGCUCUCAGCAGGUCCUUCUGGGGAGAAGGUGAAGAUCGGUCCUCCAAACUCCACCCAGGAGGCUCCCAGCACCCAGUGACUGUCCACAGGACAUCUCCUCUGACCUCCACAGCUGACGGAGCAGAGGAGCAGAGAGAAGCAGAGCUGGACUGUUUACCAAGCCGUCACACACGGGAGCACAGAAGUGCCUCUAAUAGGACUAACCCUCAGGAGCAUCCAGCGCCCACAUAGGUCCUUAACACUUCACCCACGCUCUGCCUCUGACUCCUCUUAGCUGCACCCCCCCUAAAAACCCCCACCCACUACCUCCAAAGAGACUCCUCACACUCUGCCAAAGAUGCUGUCUUGUAUGUUUACAUUCCCCUCUCACUCAAGAGGACAUAUAAACGGUCUCCACUGUGGAAAGGCUGCUGUGUCUGGCAGGGGAAAUGGAUCUGUAAUUAAAGUGACCUCCUCCUUAACUCCUCCACCUCUGCAGGACGCCUUUUCUCCUCCGCUCCUCUCUGUUCUCUUAGAGGAGGAGGCGAUGAAUGUAUCCUUUUAAAGAGCUGCGUCGGAUGCUGCCUUGAGAAAAUGCCAAGGCAUGAUUGAGUCUUUGCAAGCUCCUCAUUCCUCGGUGCUGCUGUGGGGAUGAUAUUUUGUCUCUGCGUUCUUGGUACAAACACUCACGUGUCUGGGCUGCCUACAGAACCUAGCUUGUCCUCAAAUCAGGAGAAAUAGGUUAUAAAGGGGACGGUUGUUCCCUGAGGUUACGUGGGAACAUUGAAAAUGUACGUCCAACAUUCCUGCGGCGAGCCCGACUGACUCUGAACUAUGCUAUCUGCUAUCCUGUUAUGCAAAUCCCAGAGACACUGACACCAAACUGUGGUGUAUAUUAUGAAUAUAUAUAUAUAUAUAUAUAUAUAUGAAUAUAUCCUAUAUCAUCUUUAUCUGGUCCUUUUUGUCGUAUGUGAAGCGCAAUAGUUAAAACUUAUUUUGUUCUUGUUGUUAUGAUGAGCAGUUAUGGGAGGAAGUGUCCAACUUUUUUUGCACAUUUGACAAUCUCGGACUAUUUUCUAUCGGUUGUCCAUCUGAUGGCCUUUAUUCUCAGCAAGCAUUCUCAGUAACCUCUGUCUGGUGGUCGUACGGUUGAUAUAUUUACAGGAUGCACUGAUUUGUUUUCCUUUGAUCACAUCUUACAGGCACUUAAUUGAAUGGUGGCAAAACCUUCUUUUAUUUAGUCUGCAUGCUGUUAAACGCUGUCUCUAAAAGCUCCUGAUCCUUUUGUAGAUAAUGAUUAAGCCUUAUAGUUUUCACUCGGGACUGUGAAAAAAUGAGAAUGUAAUGUAUUGUUUUCUAUAUGUAUGUUUGUGUGUGUACAUAAUGUGAGGUAUCUAUGAAUUAUCAUGUCCUUCAUGAGUCUUCUUGCAGAAAGGUUCGACACACUCUGCAGUCAUUUUACAUCUAUUCAUUUCAUGUCUGUGCUCUCUGUUCCAGAGUUAUUCACAAGUUUUACCUGUUGAUUCAGGUAACAAGAUGAACACAUUUAGUCUGGAAACGGAUGCUUUUAUAUCUCCAGAAAAAAACAGCUGCUAUCUUCAGUUGGUCUGAUCAGCUUUGAAGUGACUCGGCGGAAUCGAAAAAAGAAGCCUUUCUUGUCGAGAGGUUUAGUGUUUCUUCAUUGUAUUUGAGGUCACAAGUUGUUUUUUGCUUAUUUUAUGAUUCCAAAAACCUCAACAUUUGCUCACUCAAUUGCCACUUUAUGAGGUGCACCAAUUUAAAUCUAAUGCAGUCUAAUACCACAGUCCUUUGAUCAAUUCUACCUUCAAGAAGUUCAUAAUUGAGUUUUUGUUUUUGCUGUUUUUUCAGAGUUUGAAUCGACUUCAUGUUCAGUUUAAGGCGACAAGUUUGGAUGCUUCUGAACUGAGUAUUUUAUGUUCUCUACAUAGUCAUCUAAAUGAGUGUAGGGUUGAUUACAGUGCUGUACUUGCAUCACUCUGCAUUAGUGCUAGUUUGGUAUAGCUCUUAAUUAAAUGGCAUGUGAGUGUAUCAUCCCUUUUUUGUAAAGAUGUCAACAUUUGUGAGUGUUUUAUUUUUUAUUAUUUUCCUUUGUUAUAUUUACAGUCAGCACUGCUACAUUCUGCUCUUUCUAUUUUUGAUGAUCAUUCCUCCAUGUGUAGUGAGCGGUACUCUGAGUGUUUAAUGGUACUGAGUUCAGACACUACGAAUCAAUCAUGCUGAAAAGUGUUUCUACACUAAGCUUGAAAUUGUAUGUUUUCUGUAAUGACACAAAGUCCAUGAAAAUUAUGUUUCUUCAUCAACAUUAACGUGUGCAGCGGUUAUCAGCACACCUCUUCUCUUUUUAUCUGCUCAGUGGUACGUGCACUUCUUUGCAUUCUUUAAGUUUUAACUUGUCAAUCAUUCUUUCCUUUAAAUUACCAGAUGUGCACAUUCCAAUCCCACCCCUCUAGCAUUACAUUGGGGUGCCAGUAGCCUAACAGGUAGCGAGAGCGCUCCAUGUACAGAAGCCCAAGUCCUCAAGAGCGUGCAGCCUGGGUUCAAAUCCCACCUGUGGCCACCCUCCUGCAUUCUCUCUCCCCCAUCUCUGACUCUAUCCACUGUCAUAUCUCUGAAAUAAAGGCACAAAAAGCUCCAAAAUAAAUCUUUAAAUCUGAAUCUAGCAUUACUUGUAAAGCUUUAUAAUGAACCACCAGUGUAGUUUUGCAAGCCAAGACUAAAUCACAUAUGACCUAUUUGAGUUCUCCUGUAUUCAAAGCAUUAAUCAGUCAUUCUAAAAGGGCUGCAUGUCGGCCGCACACAUCGAUUAAAUGUUCAACUUUUUCCUCCAUCACAGCAAAACAAAAAUGUGCAUUAAUAUUGUGUUAUUCUCUGAACGUCCUUUAUGACUUUAUACCAAAGUUUAGCAGUAACUGCUCUGGCAAUAUUCCAAUGCUGCUUUUUUUCUAUUGUUGUAUCUUUGCAUUUUGUUUUCUUGAGUCUUAUGUUGGACCUUGUUUACUGUACAUUCUGUAAAGCAUGUGUAAAGAGCCUUUUUUUUUGUUACGUAGCAAUUAUUCAAACAUUAAAGAUGAAUUCUGAAAAUGA